AUGGAAAGUCAAGAUAUAGAUUAUUUAAAAUUUAAUGAUUUUAAAUCAGAUAUAGAGGAUUUUGAAAUUGGUCAAGAUAUAUCAGGUUAUGAUAAUUCAAAGAUUGAUUUUGAUUCCAAUGUUAUUACAAUUUCAAAUGAAUAUGGUAUAUUAUUAAUUGUAUCACCUGAGUUGAAUGAUUUAUUAGUUACACCAAUCGAGGGUUUAUUAAAUUACAUUCAAAGCAAUGACCAAGAUACAAAUGAUCAAACAACCAUUUUAUCAUGUCCAACCAUUAUUAAAGUAGGAAAAGUAUUUGAAAUACCAUCAAGUACCAAAACAUCUUUUAAAAUCAAUUUAUUAUUCUCACCAAAUGGUGAUUACUUUUCAAUUUCUUAUCAUAAAACUUUAAAAGUUUAUUCAACAAAAGAUUCAAUUUCAAAGAAAUGGGUCAAUAUUAAACCAAUCGUUGAAAUUAAUGGUAAAUUUGAUAGUAAUAUUGCAUCAACAAAGUGGAAUCAUUCAAAUGAUACUAUUGCUGUUGUAACUGCAAAUUCAUCAUUAUUCUUUGUUUCUAUUGGAAAUGGUUCUUUAAAUAAAAUUGAAGAACCUGCUGUUGAUGUUUGUUGGGAUGUUAAAAAAAGUAAACAAAUUUAUGUUGCAUUAGAAGAUUCUAGUAUUAUUUUAAUUGAUUCAAGUAAACCAGGUCAUGAAAUCUUUAGAAUUGAAAAUCCAAUUACUAAUUAUGAAGAUGAAGAUGAAGAAGAGGAAGAAUUAAAUUACUAUGUUUCAUCAAUAAAUUUAGUUGCAGAUGAAUUUUUAUUAGUUCAAUAUUAUAUUGUUAGAAUGGAUGAAUAUGAAGAUUCACCAGCAUUUUUAUUUGAUCUUAAAGAUGAUGAAUCUAAGUCCCAAGAAUUUCAAUUAUCUAUUAUGCCAGAGGGUAAUUUUCAAUCGGCUAUUCAUUUAGCUAGUAGUUUUAUUAAGGAUUGGAAUUUAUUAAUAGUAUGUUCAAAUAAAGGUAUGGGCCCAGAUUUACUUCAACUCGAUACAAAAACUAGAGAAUGGAAAACAUUGAAAUUAGAAGACGAAUUUGGUAUAACUUUACCAAAUCCUGUUGUAUUGGGUAUGCAAUUAAUUACAUGUUAUCCAACUCAACCAAAAAAUUUAAAUGGUAUUCAAAAAUAUACUACCAAUGGUACUUUCCCACCUGUUCCAAUUUUAUUAAUUGUUGAUGAUUCUGCUCAUUUCAAAUUUUCAAACCUUUUCAAUAUUAAUUCAAAAAAUUUAUCAAUAAUUCAAUCACCAAAAUCAAUUCAACAACAACAACAACAACAACAACAAGAGCAACAACAACAACAACAAACACCAUCUCUUUUCCAAUCACAAACCCCAUCCCUUUUCCAACAACAAAAACCACAACAACCAUCCUCAUCUUUAUUCCAAACAACACAAACACCAGCUCCAUCCUUAUUCCAACAACCACAACAAACACCAACAACUUCAAUCUUUCAACAACCGAAAGCACCAACAACUUCAAUCUUUCAACAACAACAACAAGCACCAACAACUUCAAUCUUCCAACAACAACAGCAAUCACCAACAACUUCAAUCCUCCAACAACAACAAGCACCAACAACUUCAAUCUUCCAACAACAACAACAACAACAACAAUCAACACAACAACAACAAAAACCAAAAACCAUCCCAACUAUCAGCCCAAUUAAAUCAAUGUCAACUACAUUUACUAAUAGUGUAUCAACUGCACCAUCACAAAAACAACAACAACCAUCUCAACAACCAUCUCAACAACAACAAUCUCAACAACAACCAUUUAAAAGACAAAAUUCAGCACCAACACCAAUUUCAACACCAAUUUCUACACCAAUAAAGAAUGAAUUAAGUGGUAAUUCAAAUGUAUAUCCAAAUUCAACAUUAAAGAAAUAUAUGCAAAAGAUUGAAAAUACAAGUAAUGUUUAUAAUGGUCAAUCACCAAUAUCUCAACAAAUUAGAAAGAAUUUGAAAUCAAUUGAAAAUUAUUAUCAAGCAAUUAGAAGGAAUUCAAUUGAAGGUAAUAAAAUCCACCAAACUAUAAAGAAUGGUUUUUUAGCCAAUCAUCAAAAUACUAAAACCGAAAUUGAAGAAUUUCAACAAUCAAUAAACUCUUUGACCACUGAAUUCAAAAAGAAUGAUAAGCAAUCAUCACUUUUGAAAUCACAAGUCUUAAAGAACCUUUCAUUAUCAUUGGAUUUAGAAUCACAUACUCAACAAUAUUCCUCAACAAAUUAUAAACAAAUUUUAGCAAAUAGAAAUUUAGAUCCUUCAACUUUAGAACAAAAAGAUAAACUUUUAUCAAACUAUCGUAAUUUAUCUUUGGAUAUUCAAAAUUUUGAACAAACUCAUUUUAAAUUUUUAGAAAAUAAUCAAAAUAAUCAAAAUAAUCAAAACAAUAUUGAAAAAGUUCAUAUUAAUAGUAUGUCAUUAAUUUAUCAAUCACUUUCAAAUAUUUCACAAACUGAAACAAAUUUAAGAUGUGAAAUUGAAAAGAUUGAAAAGAAAUUAAAUAAAUUGAAAUUGAAUAAAGAUAAAAUGGAUAGAUUAAAAGAUUCAAUUGAUAUUAAUCAAUAUACUGAAUUACAAUUAUCAAGAUUAUCAUUAGAGAAUAAUGUAAAUAUUUUAAAUGAUAAUGGUAGUGGUAAAGAUAUUAAAUCAACAACAAAACCAACUAUUGAAAAUUAUCGUCAUGAAGUUAAUGUUUCAAAAUCAAAUGGUUAUAAGAAUUUAAUUUCAGUAUUAAAGAGAAAAUCUAGUCAAGUUAUUAAACCACAAUAUCCAGAUUUUACAAGUUUCUUUAAGAGUGAACAAAUUGAUGAUCCACAAUUUGAUGAUGAUAUCAUUAAUAAUGAAUAUAACAACAACAAUAAUAAUAAUAGUGAAAUCAUUGAACCACCACCAGCAUUGAGGGGUAUAAGUUUAUCAAAAGAUAAUGCAUUUGCAAAUUCAAGUUAUAAAUUCACUUCAAAUAUAACUCCAAUUAAAACUAGUGGUACAAUUUCUUCACCUUCUUCAACAACUUCUUCUUUUACUCCAACUUCUCAUAUCUCUUUUGCUUCAACUGCUCAAAAUUUCAUUAAUAAUAAUCAAUCCUAUGAUGAUUAUCAAGAUGGUAAUGAAGAAUAUGAUGAAGAUGAUGAUGAUGAUGACGAACAAUAUGAUGAGGAUGAUGAAGAAUAUAUUGAAGAACCAAUAAAUCCUAUCCCUUCAUUAAAUAAACAACAACCACAACAACAACAACAAUUUGGUAACAAUAAUAACUUUGGUAAUUUAUUUAAUUCACAACAACCAACAAAUUCAAAUAGUUUAUUUACAAAGAAUUUAGAUUUAGAAAAGGAAGCAAAAGAAAGACAAGAAAAAAUUGAAAGAGAAACAAGAGAAUUACAAGAUAAACUAGAAAGAGAAGAAAGAGAAGCAAAGGAAAAACAAGCAAGAGAAUUAAAAGAUAAACUAGAAAGAGAAGCAAAGGAAAAACAAGCAAGAGAGUUAAAAGAAAAACAAGAAAGAGAGGCUAAAGAAAAAGCUGAAAAAGAAGCAAAUGAAAAACAAGAAAGAGAGGCUAAAGAAAAGGCUGAAAAAGAAGCAAGAGAAAAAAUUGAAAAGGAGGCAAAAGAAAAACUAGAAAGAGAAGCAAAAGAAAAACUUGAAAGAGAAGCAAAAGAAAAAGCUGAAAAAGAAGCUAAAGAAAAACUAGAAAAAGAAGCAAAAGAAAAAUUAGAAAAGGAGGCAAAAGAAAAAGCUGAAAAAGAUAGCGCCAAUGCUAAUAAUGCAUUGGGUGCAUUGAAUUUUGGUGGCAACACCACAUCUACUGCAAGUGGUUCUUCUCCAUUUGGUUCUGGUGGUUUAUUUGGUACAACUACAACACCUACAACAACUGCAGCCACUCCUACUCCUCCAUCAGUAUUUGGUGGUAAUAGUGCCUCUACUACCACCGGAGGGGGUAGUAUCUUUUCUCAAGCAUCAACAAAUUCUCCACCAUCUCCAUUUGGUGGGAGUGUAUUUGGUGCAAAGCCAGCCCCACAAACUUCAUCUGUAUUUGGUUCCGCUCCAUCUACUGCUAGUGCCUUUGGUGGUUCUACCACAACAUCUUCAUUUGGUGCAACAACAGCAACACCAACACCAUUUGGUGGAGGUGGUAGUGUAUUUGGUGCAAAACCAGCUCCACAAACUUCAUCUGUAUUUGGUUCCACUUCGUCUCCAUCUACCACAACAAGCGCCUUUGGAAGUACUUCAACAACACCAUCCGUAUUUGGUAACACAUCUGCAUUUGGUGGAGGUGGAUCAACAACAACACCAACAACUAGUGCAUUUGGAAGCUCCUCAACAACUCCUGCAUUUGGUGGUACACCUGCAUUUGGAAGUGCUCCAACUACAAGUGCAUUUGGCAGUGCUCCAACCACAACGACCAGCGCAUUUGGAAGCUCCUCAACCCCUGCAUUUGGUGGUACAUCUGCAUUCGGCAGUGCUCCAACUACAAGUGCAUUUGGUAGCACUCCAGCCACAGGUGCAUUUGGUAGCGCUCCAACUACAAGUGCAUUUGGUAGCACUCCAGCCACAAGUGCAUUUGGCAGCACUCCAACUACAGGUGCAUUUGGCAGCACUCCAACUACAGGUGCAUUUGGCAGUACUCCUACUACCAGUGCAUUUGGUAGCACUCCAACUACAGGUGCAUUUGGUAGCACUCCAACUACAAGUGCAUUUGGUAGUACAUCUGCAUUUGGCAGCACUCCAACUACCAGUGCAUUUGGCGGCGCUCCAACUACCAAUGCAUUUGGUAGUUCCUCAACUCCUGCAUUUGGUAGCACUCCAACUACCAGUGCAUUUGGUAGUUCCUCAACUCCUGCGUUUGGUGGUACUUCUGCAUUUGGUGGUGCCCCUACUACCAGUGCAUUUGGUAGUUCCUCAACUCCUGCAUUUGGUGGUACUUCUGCAUUUGGUAGCACUCCAACUACCAGUGCAUUUGGUGGUGGUAGUGUAUUUGGUUCAACUAGUUCUCAACCAACCUCAUCAGUAUUUGGUUCACAAUUUGGUUCAAAUAGUGCACCUUCAUUUGCAUCACUUGGUGGAGGUAGUUUUGGUAAAUAA